UUUGCAGGCAAGUGCCUUAACUGCUAAGGCAUCUCUCCAGCCCCAAACCUUUUAAAUUGAUUAAUUUACCUCAGGGAAGACUUUGUAGGAAGUGAGGUCAUUAUUACCUCUGGUGGCAAUUUGGGAAAGUUGUGGGAUCUGUGGGAGGUGAAACCUUGCUGGAGGAGAUAUCACUGGGGAUGGGCCUUGAGGUUUAUUAGUCCACCCCACUGCGUGUUCAGAGCUAGCUCGCUCAGUACUGACUGCUAGCCUAGUGAUGUGAUCCCCGGCCUUCUGCUCUGCUUUGCUUUCCACACCAUGAUGAAACUUCACCUUGAAAAUUGUAAGCUAAAGAAACCCUGUCCUCUCAAAGGCUGGAUCCCUAGGGUGUGUUGUCUCAACGAGAAGGUAACUGCAACAUUACCUAAUAUAGUUGCAAGCCAAAAAGCAAAACCACCAAGGGAGGUCUCUUGCACACCUGCUCGCAUCCAAGCCCAAUUGAAAGCAUAGAUUCUGGGCACAAUCUAGUUAGUACUGCUGAAGAUGAGAAGAUCUGCAGCACCAAGUCAGUUGCAGGGGAAUUCCUUCAAAAGAUCAAAAUUCAUACCUCCAGGAAGAAGUAAUCCAAAUCUGAAUGAAGAGAUUUCAAGAACAAAUCCAGAUAUAAAAUUACUUCAGGGUACUACAAGUAAUGCCUUUCAUCAGUCCCAAAAUGAUCCUGGUGUGUGCAGUUCAAAUGUUUUGCCUUCCGAGGAAAGCAGUAAGGAAGUUAACCAUGGGGAUGAGUCCAGUGGUCAGUUUCGUUCUCAAACACAUGCAAUGACGGCACUAAAUCCCCUGCAGAUAGUUCAUUCAUCCUCUAAAGAAAUAACAGAGUCCAAGGCACAAGAAGAGGAACCUGGUAGCCUAUUUAAAUAUUUUAGUGUUGUUUGGUGUAAAGCUUCAAAGAAAAAACAUAAAAAGUGGGAAGGUGAUGCUAUUCUUAUUGUAAAAGGAAGAUCAUUUACAUUAAAAGAUUUGGAAGGCAAAGACAUUGGAAGAGGCAUUGGAUAUAAAUUCAAAGAUCUUGACAAUAUAGAAGAGGGUCAAACACUGAUGAUUGCUGGAAAAGAAAUAGAAAUCAUGGGUGUGAUCUCUCCUGAUGACUUCAACAGUGGCAGGUGUUUUCAGUGUGGAAUAGGAAGUCCUGCUGCCCCAAAUUUUUCUCAGCCUGUCAGGAAGUGCUUUUCCAACCCUUUCAAAAGCGUUUGUCAACCAAAUUCAAAGGAAAAUAGACUGAAUGAUCUGCAAAGUUGCAAACCACGCCAUGACCCAUAUGCACCAAAUUCCCUUGUAAUGCCACGGCCAGACAAGAACCACCAGUGGAUUUUCAAUAAGAACUGUUUCCCUCUUAUGGAUGUAGUGGUAGAUCCUCACCUUGUGCAUCACCUUCGACAGCACCAGAAAGAAGGAAUCAUAUUCCUUUAUGAAUGUGUAAUGGGAAUGAGAACAACUGGCAGAUGUGGAGCUAUUCUUGCCGAUGAAAUGGGCUUAGGGAAAACAUUGCAGUGUAUUUCCCUCAUCUGGACGCUACAGUGUCAGGGCCCCUAUGGAGGCAAGCCAGUAAUAAAGAAGACACUUAUUGUCACACCUGGAAGCUUGGUGAAGAAUUGGAGGAAAGAAUUUCAAAAAUGGCUGGGAAGUGAAAGAAUCAAAAUAUUUACUGUUGAUCAGGACCACAAGGUAGAGGAAUUCAUCAAAGCUACAUUUUAUACUGUUCUUAUCAUCAGUUAUGAAAUGUUACUUCGUUCCCUAGAUCAAAUUAAGACAAUAAAAUUUGAUCUUUUAAUCUGUGAUGAGGGGCAUCGGUUGAAGAACAGUGCCAUUAAGACAACUACAGCCCUCGUUAGUCUCUCCUGUGAGAAAAGAAUAAUUCUAACGGGAACUCCAGUUCAAAAUGACCUACAAGAAUUUUUUGCAUUAGUCAACUUUAUUAAUCCAGGAAUUCUAGGUUCUUUGUCAUCUUACAGGAAAAUAUAUGAAGAACCCAUCAUUGUGUCCAGAGAACCUUCUUCAUCAAAGGAAGAAAAAGAAUUAGGAGAGAAAAGAGCAGCUGAACUCACUUGCCUCACUGGACUUUUUAUCCUUAGAAGAACCCAGGAAGUCAUAAAUAAGUAUCUCCCACCUAAAAUUGAAAAUGUAGUCUUCUGCCGACCAAGAGCACUACAGAUUGAACUGUAUCGAAAGCUAUUGAAUUCUCAAGUGGUCAAAUUCUGUCUUCAAGGAUUAGUGGAAAACAGUACCCAUCUAAUAUGUAUUGGAGCUCUGAAAAAACUGUGUAAUCACCCCUGCCUUUUGUACAAUUCUAUAAAGAAUAAAGAAUGUAGCCCAACUGAUGAAAAUGAAGAAAGGAAUCUAUACAGAGGCUUGCUACAUGCGUUCCCAGCUGACUACAACCCUUUCUUGUUUGCUGAGAGUGAGUCAGGAAAACUACAGGUGCUGGUGAAGCUUUUAGCAGCUGUCCAUGAGCUUCGACCCUCUGAAAAAGUGGUUUUGGUAUCCAACUAUAGACAGACCUUGGAUAUUUUACAAGAAGUAUGCAAGCAUCAUGGGUAUAAUUGUGCAAGACUUGAUGGCCAAACACCAGUCUCUCAAAGGCAGCAAAUUGUUGAUGGCUUCAAUAGUAAAUAUUCUUCUGAUUUUAUAUUUUUGUUAAGUUCAAAAGCUGGUGGUGUAGGACUUAAUCUUAUUGGAGGAUCUCAUUUAAUUCUCUAUGAUAUUGAUUGGAAUCCAGCCACUGAUAUCCAGGCUAUGUCUAGAGUAUGGAGAGAUGGUCAGAAACAUCCUGUACAUAUUUACAGACUCCUAACUACAGGUACAAUAGAAGAAAAGAUCUAUCAAAGACAGAUCAGUAAACAAGGUCUUUCUGGGGCAGUUGUAGACCUAGCCAAGUCAUCUGAACAUAUUCAGUUUUCAGUAGAAGAACUUAAAGAUUUGUUCACAUUACAUGAAAGUUCACAUUGUGUUACUCAUGAUCUGCUUGACUGUGAGUGUACAAGAGGAAAAGACCAUACAGAUGAUUCUGUGGAAAAACUGACCAUCUCUAGACCAUGCCAGCUUGGUCCGCAUCACCAGAAAGCGAACUGCCGGAAGCCUCUUUCUAUGUCACAGCUGAAGCAAUGGAAGCAUUCAUCUGGAGAGCAUUUAAGUCUUACAGAUCCAUUUCUUGAAAGAAUAAGAGAAAAUGUGUCAUUCUUUUUUCAGAAUAUAACCAAUCAAGCUACUACCAUGUAA